AUGGAACAAAGGGAAUGCGGAGAACGGAGCUCGAGGGAGCGAAGACAGUGGGUUGCUUUCAUGGUUGCUUUGGUUCUGUUGUGGAGCGGGACUUCUGCGCAGAUAAGAUACUCCAUCUCUGAAGAGCUGAAGGAAGGAAUUGUCGUGGGAAAUAUAGCGAAGGAUUUAGGACUAGAUCUGAGCACCUUGAAACAGAGAGGAUAUAGAAUCGUAUCUAGUUCUCCCGAUCCUCUAUUUGAGGUCAAUCAGAAUGACGGCUUAUUGUAUGCGAAGCGAAAAAUAGACAGGGAGGAGGAGUGCGAGAGGAGCAGCGUUUGUCUGAUCAAUCUGAAAACCGUCCUAGAAGACCCACUUGAGAUUCAUUAUGUUGCUGUAGAGGUAAUAGAUGUGAACGACCACUCUCCCAGCUUCCCAGAGAAAGAGAAACACAUACAUAUUUCAGAAUCAACUUUGCCAGGUGUGCGUUUUCAGCUUCAAGCUGCAAAUGAUCCCGAUGUGGGUCUGUUUUCGGUCCAACAGUAUAAAUUGAGUCAAAAUGAUCAUUUCCGUUUAGAAGUAAAAGAGCGGGGAAAAGAUGGUAAAAUACCUAUAUUAAAUUUACAGAGACCGUUGGACAGAGAAACUAAGAGAAGCCAUAGAUUAAUGUUAACAGCAGUUGAUGGGGGAAAACCCCCUAGGUCUGGUACUGUGGGGAUUGUUAUCGACGUUUUAGAUGUUAAUGAUAACAUGCCAGUUUUCUCAAAAGAUACCUACUCAGUAAUGUUGAAUGAAAAUUCUUCUAUUGGCACAACUGUCAUUCAGGUAAAUGCCACUGAUUUAGAUGAAGGUUCAAAUGGUGAUAUCGUUUACUCUUUCGGUAGUAAUGUAAAAAGUAAGCUUCGCGAGCUAUUUGAUGUAGACAGUGAAACAGGUGAAAUAAUUGUCAAGGGGUGGAUAGACUUUGAAGCUGAGGAUAGCUACGAAAUUGACAUACAAGCAUCUGAUAAAGGGACAGCUCCUUUCAAAACAGACAAAAGCGUGCUGGUGAACAUAGUAGAUAUCAACGACAAUGCUCCUGGGAUAGAAGUAACGUCCUUUUCUAGUGCUAUUCCUGAGAAUUCUAGAACUGGAACUACAGUAGCAUUGAUUAGUGUUAGUGAUCUAGACUCUGGUCUCAAUGGGAAAGUUAUCUGUUCUAUCAGUGAGGAUGUCCCAUUCACGUUAACACCAUCUUUACAGAAUAACAUGUACUCUUUAGUUACCAAGUCACCUCUGGAUAGGGAGACACAGUCUGAGUAUGACGUAACAAUAGUUGCUAAAGACGCAGGACAACCAGCUUUGUCGUCUGUAAAGACUAUCAGCGUCACAGUAUCAGAUGUGAACGAUAACAGUCCAGAGUUUUCACUCAGUCCCUAUACUUUCUACAUAACUGAAAAUAACGAGCCAGGGGAUAGGCUAUUUAGCGUGAGCGCCUCUGACCGUGAUGAAAAUGAAAAUGCAAUUAUUUCUUAUCAAGUUAUGAGAGAGGGUGGAGAAGGAAAUACAUUAGCGUCAUUUCUUAACAUUAAUUCUGAAAACGGAGAAAUAUUGGCGUUAAAACGUUUUGACUUUGAAACAAUCAAAACCUUCCAAUUCCAAGUUGUAGCAACUGACUCUGGCACUCCAUCACUGAGCAGCAACGUCACAGUGAAAGUGUUCUUUCUGGAUCAGAACGACAACGCUCCAGUGAUCUUGUAUCCGGUCAGCGCUAACGGUUCUGCUGAAGGUGUGGAGGAGAUUCCACGCAACGUGAACGCAGGACAUUUGGUGACUAAAGUGAGAGCCUAUGACGCAGAUGUAGGAUAUAACGGCUGGUUGUUAUUUUCACUACAGGAAGUUAGUGACCACAAUCUCUUUUCUCUGGACCGCUACACAGGACAAAUAAGGACACUUCGGUCCUUCACAGAGACAGACGAGGCUGAACAUAAACUGGUCAUACUGGUCAAAGACAAUGGGAACGUUUCACUCUCAGCAACAGCUACUGUGAUCAUCAACGCUGUGGAGCCCAAAGAGGCUUUUGCUGCUUCUGAUGUUAAAAGCUCAGUCAAAGUAGAUGAUGAGAACAAUGUUACAUUCUAUUUGAUAAUCACUUUGGGGUCGGUUUCAACUCUUUUCCUGGUCAGCAUCAUCAUGUUGAUUGUAAUGCAGUGUUCUAAAACCCCAGACUAUUCCCCCAAGUAUUUACAAGACACGAACUAUGAUGGAACACUGUGCCACAGCAUCCAGUACAGAUCUGGAGACAAACGGUACAUGUUAGUUGGACCCAGAAUGAGUAUAGGUUCUACUAUAGUCCCGGGCAGCAAUGGGAAUACUCUGGUGGUCCCCGAUCACAGGAGUCGUGCUUCAGGAGAGGUAAGCCUUUAA